AGGUACGCGGCGUCCCGCGCGCCGGGCUGGCCGCAGUUCCGCACGCAGUACAUGCGGCGCCGCAGCCAGCUGCUGCGCGAGCACGCCGCCGGCGGGCGCCUACAGGCGGACGCGCGCCGGUGGUACCUGCGCGUGCGGGGGCAGCUGCUGGCGCAGCGCUACGGGCCCCUCUCGGAGCAGAGCAGCUGCCGCGGCUACAGCAACAGCCUCCUGCGCGGCAGCCGCACCACGCUCGACCGCAUGGAGGACUUCGAGGACGAGGGGCGCGCGUCGGGCGCCCUGCGCGUGGUGAACGUGUCCACGGGGAAGGCGGCGCGCGGCGGCGCCGGGCGCCUCCCGGGCCGCGUGCUCUCCCUGUGCUUCGACGGCGCCGGGCGCGUCCUGUGGGCCGGCGACGACCGCGGCUCCCUCUGCUCCUUCCUCUGCGACCCCAACACCGUGACGGGCAGCGAGGACGCCUCCGUCUACUUCUUCGACGUGGCCCGCGCCGCCGCCCGCGCCGCCGUCAACUCCCUGCAGGGCCACGGGGGCCCCGUGCUGGCCGUGGCCUUCAACUGCGACGAGAGCCUCCUGGCCUCCAGCGACGCCGCGGGCACCGUCAUCGUGUGGCGCCGCCAGCACGCCUAGCGCCGCGCUCUGCUCGCUCCCUGUCCCCCCCCAAACAUGGCGGCUUUGGCCCCGUCGCGCAUGGGGGAAAGAAAAAUACAGGCGGUUCAAGUGCCGCUCUGGCUCUACACGGUCCUCCCCGCAUCUCUAUGGUACAUGGUGGAGUCUGGCCCCAGUCUCUAUGGUGUGGAAUGCAGUCAUCUUCUCUAUAGUGCUGGGCUUCCCCCAUCUCUAUGGUAUGUCGCUGAGUCUGGCAUCAGUCUCUAUGGUGGGAAGCCCGGUCCAGUCCAGUCCUGCUCCUCUCUAUGGUGCUGGUCCUCCCACAUCUCUAUGGUGGGCGGUUGAGUUGGCUCCCAUCUCUAUGGUGGGAAUGCCAGCCCGCUCGUCCUGCUCUCUAUGAUACCGAUUCUCCCUCUUCUCUGUGGUGGUGGGUGGAGUCUGAKUCCCGUCUCGGCGAGCGCCGAGGGCCACGCGGCCCCCCCCGCAGGCGGAACCUAGACUCGCAGAUCGCGCGUAUCCACGGAGGCCGCAAGCGGGCGCACCGAGGCGCCCUCCCCAUUUCCGCCUCGCUAAUGGCGGCCCUUCCGCUCCGCUCCGCUUCCYAU